UUUGAGCUUUGGUGGAGGUGAGGUUUCCCCAGUGGCUUUGAGGACCUGGAGCGGCUCUAGGAGCUGAGGAAAGCAUAAUCCACACGGAGUCACGCCGGGGGGAUGGAUGGCCUGUCGCUGAGGGCUCUCCUCCUGCACGGCUGUGCUGUGGGGUCGCCGUCUUUGUGUUUUGGGACAAGCACGGCCGCUGAUGCUGGGGGUCACCCUGAUGGUGGCGGGAGGCUGGGGGCCGUGUACCCCCUGCCCGGGAAACGAGGAGGAUGUCGUGGACUGAGAAGGGCACUGCCACUUCCCUGCAGGCCGUGAGAUGCCAUUGGGGGGUCUUGAUGGAGACACCCCCGUUAUCCCCAAGGGCUGAGUGUGGCUCCGUGACUGAGGGGGAGCAGCUUUGCGGUUCGAGCCCCCUGCCCGAGGCUGGGCUGGGCGUGCAGCUGCCGUGUCACCCCCCGAACCCCAGGCGGGGGGCUGCAACCCGAGCCUGUCCCCAGGGUCCUGCAGCCCCGGCGAGGAGGACAAGUUAAUUUUCAGAUAGAUGCACCCCGAGCCCCGCAUCUGCCGCGGGCACGGUGGUGGGGAGGGUUGGUGGGCAUGGGGCCGGGCACAGGUGCGGGGCCGCCGCCCGGUUAUAAAUAGCGGGGAGGGGCGGCCCGGCUCCCCCCGUGCUCGGUCCCCCCCUCCAGGGCUCGGAGCGGAGCGGGAUGCGGCGCCCUCCCUCCCUCCUCCCGCCCGCCGGCAGCAUGAGCCCGUCCUUCCUCCUCCUCCUCCUCCUCCUCGCCCUGCCCGCCCGCGCCCGGCGAGAGCAGGUGCCCGGCGGGGCGCAGCGGGGCCGCAACGCCCCCGCGUCUUCCUCCUCCUCCUCCUCCUCCUCUUCCUCCUCCCCGGCGGCGGCGGCGGGGCCGAGCCGCUUCCCGCGGAGCCGCCCGGAUCGGCGGCGGGGCCGGCUGUACUGCCGGGUGGGCAUCGGCUUCCACCUCCAGCUGCACCCCGACGGCCGCGUGGACGGCGCCCACGACGCGAGUCCGCUCAGUAUUUUGGAAAUAUUUGCUGUGUCUCAGGGGAUUGUAGGAAUACGAGGAGUUUUCAGCAACAAAUUUUUAGCGAUGUCAAAAAAAGGAAAACUCCAUGCAAGUGCCCGCUUCACGGUGGACUGCCAUUUCCGUGAGCGCUUCCAGGAGAACAGCUACAACACCUACGCCUCGGCCGUGCACCGCAGCCCCCGCUCGGGCCGCCAGUGGUACGUGGCCCUCAACAAGCGGGGCAAAGCCAAGCGUGGCUGCAGCCCCCGCGCCCGGCCCCAGCACGUCUCCACGCACUUCUUGCCCCGCUUCUGGCAGCCGCAGCCCCCCGAGCUCGCCUUCACCGUCGCCCUCCCCGAGAAGAAGCCGCCCAAGCCCAAGGCAGCCCCAUCCCCACCUCGGAAGAACGUCGGUCCUGUCAAGUACCGGCUGAAGUUCCGCUUUGGCUAGCGGCGCGGUGGGGAUGCUGCGGUGGGCAGCUCUGGGGCUGACCCCGUGGGACACCCGUGUUUCCCUCGGCAGACGGACACAGGCGAGCCCCUGGGUGGCCGUGACGGGCUCGAGGUCUUCUCUUCCCCGGGGCGGGCGGCUAGGGCUUGCCAAAGAGAAUUGCCUGGAUGGACCUCGGGUUAGCGUUCUGUUGUUGGAAGAAGUAGAAAGGUACCUCUCCAGCGAACGUAUUUUCUCACCUAAUUUUCACUAGUGACUCCUUUGACAAUCAUUUUCACGCGAGAGAGAUGUUCGGAGCCAAGCGGUUUUGUUUGUUUUUCUUGCAUCUCUUUCUUGCUGCACUUUUUCUUCCGACCAUACCUCAGGCACCAUAUAUCCAGGUCUGUCCCUCUCCCUUCUCUCGGAAGCCAGCUCUUCCCUUCCCCAAAUUAAACCCAGAGACCAAGCCCUGCAAACUCUGUCGCCUUAUCUGUGGUGCAAGGUGGUCUUCCAACCCUUUGUUGGCAAUAAUAGAUUUGUGCAUAUAUUUUGUCAGAGUGGCAGGCUGGCCGAGGGUGGCUGCUUGCAGCCUGCUCCUGGAGGUCUCUCCCGUUCUUCCCUGGACAGCUGGAGGAGCGAGUCUCUUCCUCUCCAUCCAAGUACGGAUUCGAUGCCUGCUCUAAAAUACCUCUGCCCCGGUGCCGGGGCAUUCCCGCUCCCUGGAGGAGUCCCCCCGCAGGUAUCCCCACAGGAUAGGGAUGCCUGUGGCCCCCGGGUGUGCCCACCAGUUUUGUCCAACAGUUUUUGCUGCUGAUUUAUUUUAUCACUCUCAAUACAUUUGCAGAGGCAGGGAGCAAGGUUUUUUGUUGUUGGUUUGUUUUUUUUUUGUUUUUUUUACAGUGUGCAGGGCGAUGUGGCAAUAAUUGCUGUUACAGCUGCUUGUCCCUUGGGGAGUGUUUCUCCCACCCAGGUUGCCUGGUGUGGAAUUUUUUCUCCGUUGUGGUGUGCUCUGUGGAGUAGCUGUGCACAUGGAGUUUGUAGUGGGUGUUUAGCACUGUUGCUGUAUGUACAGGCACUGGUAGCAUUGAACCUCACCGGUGAAGCCUUAAUAGGAGCCCAGGUGGGCUCAGGUUGGCAGAGCCCCUCAGGACCUGAGCCCUGCCAGCGUCUGCCAGCAAUAAUUAACUUCCUCUCCACGUUGGAUUGUGGUACCAAUGGCUGUUUCCAUUGGGAUCGUGGUUCUUUGCCUUUGUCAUCCUUCUGGGCAGCCCCUGGCUGGACGUGCGUGCUCCACGUACGAGGAUGGAUGGGGACGCUGGAAUAAAACAGUCGUGUUUCAGUUUAUAA